CGUUACAAUAGUUAGAUUCCAAGGGAAGAAUGUCCGCAUUAAGACGCCGGUGUGUAAAGCCUUGAAGAAGCUUCAAGAUGCCGAGAGACCCCAAGCAGACAAACCAUUUCGAUUGCCGCUUAAGAUCCUUAUUGACCUACAACCAAGGAAUAACGAAGCUUUGGCAACUGUCCAAUGUUUGGCACACAACCCUAGGCUAAGGAUUGCAGUACCUGUACAAAAAGAUGUGAAGAGUGUGAUUGACUAUCUGACAUCCAAGUGGACACCACACAGCAUCAAGCUGCUACAGACUUUGAAACCCACUGAUAAGGAUCAUAGAACAAAUGUUGUCUUACGAUUACCCCCUAAUCUGGACAUCACCCCCUAUGAGGAGGUGAAGGGAAAAUUUAUUCACUGGAGUGCUAAAACACCAUUCACAAUGGGGCAAGGAUUAAACUCUAGUAACAGCAAAAACUCUCAAUCGAACUCAUCAAGUCCGCAGUCUACGGCAAAAUUAAAACUACAGCCGAGUAAAACGUUACCGGUUGAAGCAACAUCUGUAAAAAGUGACGCUAAAGGGAAAGUAAAAGAAAAUGCGAUUGUUAACAAUGGAGCACAGAAAAAAGACGAUACAGAGAACUUGGCAACCGAUUUUGGUAACAGGUUACCUGAUAUCUCAAUGAUUCAGACCGAAGUUUGUGGUCAAUUUGGAGAAACGCACAGCGAGACUCUCUUAGGUUUGGACGCAAAUACUGAUUCUGACAUUUUACUAAAAUGCACAGAGUCGUCGUUAGGAAAUUCAAAUGAUUCAUCUUCUUUGGGAAAUGUUGAAAACACUGAGCCCUCUGUGGCACAAUUGAGUGCAGUGGAGAAUGAAACAAAAUGUAAACAAACUAAAGACUCUUGCUUGAGAAAUGGACUAACUUUAGAGAAUGCAGAUGAUAUUAGUAUUACAGAUUUAUAUUUAAUGUUAGGGAUGCCACCUCGGUUAAAGUUCGAGUACGAGUUUGCCAACAAGUCAGUUCCAAAAGCAGAUAACACCUUGAACACUCUACAGAAGUUAGUCCAUCUUGCGAAAACUCAGUUAACGAACACUACAGCUCAAAAACAAAAGAUGGUGUCUGUUGGGACAGUCACUUCACCUGUGCGUGGCAUUCAACCAGCAGCUAACUCUGCUACCAAUAGAGUUGGUGUUACUCCCAGCCGGAGUAAGAGUGACGUCGCAGCUGCUCCGGGCUCGAACAAAGGAAUAUUUCGCAUCGCGGGAGCGGUUGGCAACGGAAACCUUAAUGUGCCAAAUGGGUCCAUAGUUGACAUUGACAAAGGGGUGUUUGUGACACCAAAAGCGUCAUUCGCUCCCUCGGUACUGAAAUCACAGGCACAGGAAAAAUUAUUUAUGCAACAACUCCGUUUUAUACAUAGACAGUCGAUCAAUCAAAGAAAAGGACGAAAAUCAAGACCACCCAUUGUUGUCCAGCGCCACCUUUUGCCUAGAAUACAAUCAUCUGGUCCGAUACGCAACAUGAUGUCUUUGUCGACAUCAACAGGAAAGUUUACACCAGUGGACGCCAGCUCCCUAAACACUGUAGACCCAUCGUGCCCCAAGAUUAAGCUCAAACCCGUCUCAAGAUCACCGGUGCCAAUAGCUCCUAAUAUUCCUAUUUUGUCUCCUGCUCCGCCAGUUGUUAUUAGUCCAAUAUUGAACAGUCCAAUCAGCAGUCCAGUUUCUUUUGUGACUAAUUCGCCAUCUCCAGUAACAGUGCCACAAACUAUGCAAAUAUCUGCUCCAGUUGCCAUGGUUCCCAUUUCGGCUGAUGCAUCGGUGAUGCCGAUUGUUGCAGCGCCCUCUACUCCUUGUCCAAUUGUAGCCAUCCCGGUGACAACAAACCAGGUUUAUGCUGAGCAAGCGCCACCGGUAACCUCUGUUGCAGCCACGCCACCACAGAACAAGAUCUGCGAUAGUAGUGUGCUAUCGACGCCCAGCCCUCCAAGUAAUGAUGUCAGUUCCACAGACAGAAUUGAUCAACCUUUGACAUCUGAACCUAGUGAGACAUCAACCCCAGGAAAACCCAUCCAGAAUAGCCAGCAAGAAAACAGGGAAGGUGGCACCUCGACACCUCCUCCCAGUACUGUUAGUCCAACCAGCUCACCAUUUAAACAGCUGACCUCUGACCCUCAUUGGCUAAACGGUGAAACAAUGGACUUGUCGUCACUUAGUGGAUUUUUAAAUGGCAUCGAGUCACCGGAAAAGCGGGAUAAAGCAGUUCCAACACUGAACAGUAUCUGUCCUCUUCCUGUCAUGUAUUGUGAAUCUUCCAGAGACUCUAUUAUGUCAACGAGUAAUUUCCAAGUUGAAGGUACAUUACAAAGCCUUAUGAAUGAGAAUAGCAUUGACUACAUAGCCAAGUUCGCAGAUCUGGCUGCCCACAUCGAAGAGAGCAUUGAUUUACCUGGUAACCUUGGUGUUAACGAAACAGUCGCUAUGGAACCGGCAAAAGACGGUGUCACCAAAGCACUGGACUUCAGUUCGGUAGACUUUGGUAGUGGUAAACUGAACAACGGGCUUAAAUCUGUAUCAUAAGCAAAUUAUAUCUACACUUUAUCAAAAAUACAUACCUUUAUCAUUUCUAUUCUAAAAUAAAGCAAUAUUUUGGCAUUCAUUUAAAGAAGGGGCAUAUUCAAAAUACCUAUCCUGAGUAUAAUAUACAUAUUAUAAAAGUCAGGCAGUGA